AAAAUAUAAAUCAAGAAAGUUUGAGUAUAUCUACAAAGAAGCAUGUAUCAGGAAUAUCUAAAUCAAUUAAAUUCAACGCUCUUUCCGAUGAGCUCCGAAGAGCUGAAAGAGCUGCUCAACAACGAUGACAAAUUGGACGAAAAAGUCGAUGAGGUGCUCGAAUCGCUAAGGACACAAAAGGUUCGCUUCUGCGAGGAGAAUCGCAAUCGUGCCGAACAGAACAUCGAGAAGGAGCCAAAGAUUAUUGAGCUGCGGGGCAAACUGGCCGAGCUCACCGAGGAGGGACGCACAAGGUGCAACGCCGUGCAGGAGCUGCUCACACAAAUCAAGGAGAAAACCAGUGGCGUUUCCCAGGAGACGGCGCUGGCGCUGCUGCAGACGGCGGCGUCCGAGAGCGAGGAGCAAACGGAGGAGAUCGUCAAGAAGUUCACCAGCAACGAGCUCAACGUGGAUGCCUUCGUUGAAGAGUUUCUCCGCAGUCGWCGCACCAUGCACCUGCGCAAGCUGAAGGCCGAAAAGAUGCAGGAGCUGAUCCGCAAACAGACACAGCGGCACAGCACGAGCGGACCGGGCGGCGGUGUACCCGCCUAUGCCAAUGUGCCGGGCACAGCCGGCGGCAUUGGCAGUUUCUACCCGCCCUCUCAGAUGGGCGUGCCGUAUCCUGUUAUGGGCCCAAUGAUGCCCAUGCCGCCGCCAUCAAGACCCUAUUGAGCCAGAGCGAGGAUCUAGUUUAUAAUUUCAAUAAAAACCCAUACGCAGUUCGAAGAUGCUGCCAUCACAAUCGCGGAUGACUCAUCCGAGUGCUUUGUUUACAUUUUACGUGUUAAAUUUAUACAUAGAGAACAAGGAACAGUAGCUUAGCUAAGUUUUAAUAAAGCGACACCCUCUUCGAGUUAAAAAUC